AUGAUGAUGAUGAUGAUGAUGAUGAUGAUGAUGAUGAUGAUGAUGAUGAUGAUGAUGAUGAUGAUGAUGAUGAUGAUGAUGAUGAUGAUGAUGAUGAUGAUGAUGAUGAUGAUGAUGAUGAUGAUGAUGAUGAUGAUGAUGAUGAUGAUGAUGAUGAUGAUGAUGAUGAUGAUGAUGAUGAUGAUGAUGAUGAUGAUGAAAGAGAAGCAUUCUUCAUUGCUGGCCAAAAAUUACCGAGGUAA